CUCUGUAGAAUCUUCUCCUGUCACGCUGCAAAUGCUGCUUAUUCCAGGUCAUAAGCAGCUGAGAAGAUCUGACCAGAAGGCACUCAACAUGGCAAAAUGUGGAGCGUGUGGUCCUGGGUACAAGACUCCUUUAGAUGCCAUGAAAGGUCCCAGAGAAGAAAUUGUGUACCCCUGUAUCUACAGAAACACUGGGAUAGAGAAGCCUGACUAUCUGGCAACAGUGGAUGUUGACCCCAAAUCUCCACACUACUGCCAGGUGAUCCACCGCCUGCCCACGCCCAACCUCGGAGACGAGCCUCCAUCACACUGGUGGAACACCUGCAGCAGCAGCUUUGGGGACGUCACAAAGAACGGAACGGCUGUUCUUCCCAGUCUGAUUUCCCGCAUUUAUGUGGUGGAUGUUGGGCACAGACAUGCGGGCUCCCAGGAUUCAGUAAGUGGCAGUGGGAGCCGUGUCCAGAGUGCCUACGACCCAUCGAGUGUGCAAUGUAUACACCCAUGGGCAGCGGAGAAGGUGGUUCAAGUCCCCAGCAAGAAGGUGAACGGUUGGCUUCUUCCUGACAUGCCAGGUCUCAUUACCGACAUCCUGAUCUCACUGGAUGACAGGUUCCUGUAUUUCAGCAACUGGCUCCAUGGAGACAUUCGUCAGUAUGAUAUUUCCAACACUCGGAAGCCCAGACUGGUGGGACAGGUGUUCCUGGGAGGCAAGAUUCCAAGAGAUGGGCCAAUCGUUGUGGUGGAAGACCAAGAGCUGAACUGUCAGCCAGAGCCUUUUGUGAUCAAGGGGAAGAGGGUGCAAGGUGGACCACAGAUGAUCCAGCUGAGCUUGGAUGGCAAGAGAUUAUAUGUCUCCACUUCCCUCUACAGUGCGUGGGACAAGCAAUUUUACCCAGACCUUGUCAAGGAAGGCUCUGUCAUGCUGCAGAUUGAUGUGGACACUGAGAAAGGUGGACUGAAGGUGAAUAAAAACUUCCUAGUAGAUUUUGGGAAAGAACCUGAUGGACCCAUCCUUGCUCAUGAGAUCCGCCACCCUGGUGGAGACUGCAGCUCUGAUAUCUGGAUCUAACUUGUGUGUGAGUGCCUCUCUCUCUCUCUCUCUCAUUGUAACUAUACGUGUGAAAAAGGCAUAGGUGGGUCUGAUCUGCUGGGUCUCUAUCUACUACGGAUGUCUAGAUUUCCAUGGGUGCUGAGCCACAGAAGCCCUGCACCUGUUUGCACACUUCUGGCUGAGGCAGCCAAGUGAGCGUGUUUAGCCAUGAAACAUGAACUCUUGCUUAUUUCUCUACCCUCUCCUAUUCUUGAUGGCCUGUCUAUUCACUGGUGGCCAUGAACUUCAAGGUGUAUAACUCCCUGUGUUGUGGGAGUCCGGAUGAUCAUCUUUAAAGAGGGAUUCUGGCAGCUGCCUUCAUGCCAAUGUCUCUGAAACGAUGCUACAGACCUUAUCAUCUGCUAGACUUCCUAAAUUGGUAGAGUUAAUGGAGAGGGCAGAGCUGCAAUUUUGAACACAUACCAUUAAGUUUAGAAUUAAAUUCUUCUUCACCCCAGUCUCUGGGUCUAACAGUAAGGAAUCUUUGAUCUGUGUGCCCAGAGCGUAGCCAAGACUAAAUAGAACAAGCCUCUGAGCCGCCACAAGGUUCCAACAGCUCUUUGACAUGACUAGAGUUACCCAUUUUAAUCCCAUACAAGAGAUGGGAAUAAACACUGUUUUUUCUCUUUAAACUUUAAUCAUUGAAGCUUUAGGGUUUGUCAAAUGUUAAAUGGAUUAAGGUAGGGUGCAAAUAUAAAGCACAAUAACCGUAUAAUGGCAUGUAGAGACAUCCUUAUUCUGGAACAGAGAACUUGUUUCUGUUUAGCUUAAUACACUUAUUACUUAGUCAAUGCCUUAUGCACAAUACUAUGUAAACAGGAUUUGAUUGUAGUCUGCAAAUUGGUGUCUGUUUCCUGAAGCUGGAUUGUAUUUCAGUUCUUGUGCAGUAAUGCAGCACUUUAACUGCUUUAACAAACAAAUAAUAAAAUUGUUCUUUGCACCA